AAGUCUUCUUUUUUUAAAUUUAUUCCCGCUCCGCCUGCAUUAUUAUUUGUCUUUAAUGAAUAACAAGACUAAUCUUGUAAAAAAAGGAUAUAUUAAACUAUUACAGCUCCUAAGUAAUUGAAAUACGGCAUCUUUUACUUCUCCAACCCGUAACUCCAUUUAAUUUUAUAUAUAAAAGUUGUGUUGUGGUGUGUAAUGUCAAAAAAAAAAGUAUACGUCAAAGUCAAAACAGUCAAAACAUAGGUGGUGGUCUUUUUACCCUUACCAAUAUUCAAUGCAGCAAUUAAUUGUAAUAUUUAAUUAUAUAUAAGUUUAUAAUUUAAGUUUUUAUAAUUAUGUCUACCAGAAAACGUAGUGGCUCCGGUUCUAAAAGACAAUUUAAAGAAAAAGUAGUACAAAUAUAUGAAUGCCUAUUUAAAGGCGAAGACGUAUCUCAUCAAAAUGCUUUGUUUUGGGAAGAAUUCUUUUUGCUGAAACCUAAAGUAGCUACAAUUGAAAACGAAAUACAAAAACUCUCUGCAGAACAGUUGCAGGUGUCCAAACAAAAUAUUAACCUCCUGUUCAACCAGUGUAUAGAAAUUUUGGACCAACAAAAUAUAAGGGUUGCUUAUGGAUUACUGACUUUAUCUACACUUUUGCAUGCUAUUUUUAAAAAAGGAUUAGAUGGGCAAAUAGAGGCCGUAGAAUUUUUAAUGGGAUUUGAGAAUUUGGUGUCAAAAACUCAAAAAUUGUUAAAAAUAUGUCAAAAUUUUCUUGAAGGUGAUUCAACAGAAGCAGUGAAAGCACUAUGCCUGAAAGUAAUUCUUAUUUUAACUACAGGACUGGAUUCAAUCAAUCAAAAUACACUCAUAGAGUAUAUAAUGAUAACACCUCUAUUUGAAUGCCUUGUUAAACUGUUAUGUGAUGUGCCUACACGGCAAAGACAUGGUUAUGAUGUAGUGUUGAUUAUAACCCUCCUUGUAAAUUACAGAAAAUAUGAUAAUACAAAUUCUUACGUGGUUAAACUUUCGAUUUUAGAUGAUGAAUUAGCUCUAAAUGGUUAUGGACAAGUAAUAACAUCUUCAUUAUCAGAUUUUUGUAACCAGUAUAAUUCAGAACAUACUGAAACUCAAAAUGCGUCUUGGUUUUCAUCUUUAACAAACAUUGUUGGCAAUAUGUUCAUAUCAGAAGAAGGUGGCUUUAGAAUGCAACAAGUUAGAGCAAACAAUGCCUUGUUGUUAGCAUUUUAUGAAGCAGUACACCUUAAUCGAAAUUUUAUCACUACUUUAGCACAAACUCAGACUGAUUCUAGCUCACCUCCCUCUCCUAAUAACACAUUGAGUAAUGUACAGGGUGUGCCUGAUUUAACUGGGGCACCAGCUACUUUUGAUAUUACAAGUCAGCCUUCAAAUUUGUUAGUUACAUUUUUUCAGUAUUGCUCAAUAGUAAUGCAAGAUACAAAGACUGAAGCAGGAAUGAAUACUGUAAAAUUAUGUUUCCUCAUCCUUAGCUGUAUAACCGAAGAUCAAUAUGCAAAUUCCUUAAUGCAUGAUGUGACUUUAGCUUUCAAAGUAAGACUGCACAGGUUUCCGAUGAGACAUCGUAAACUUGCUUCUGAUAAAACUACUUCCAGCCAACCAUUAGUCUGCACGCUUUUAGAUUUAUUAGUGGAGUUCGUACUGAGUCAUAUGAUGAAAAAAUUCCCAAUGGAACUUUACCUUUUAUGCACCGGGGUCUUACAAAGGGUACUUUGUUAUCAGAAAAAGUGUCGAAUAAGAUUAAACUAUUCUUGGAAAGAUUUAUGGACCGCCCUCAUAUCAUUGCUCCGAUUCAUUUUGCAGAACGAAAAUUAUUUGGGCAAGAAAAUUAACAUAUUUGAUCUUUCAAUUAAGAUUGUCAACAUAUUGAAUUUUUUUAUCACUUACGGCGAUAACUUUUUACCCACCCCUGGUAGCUACGAUGAAUUGUAUUACGAAGUAAUAAGAAUGCAUCAAGUUUUCGAUAAUAUUUAUUCUAUGGCUUUAAGAUAUUCAAGUGGAGAUGGAGACUUCAAAGAAGAUGCUCUUAGAUUGAAUAAUACCCUUUUCAAUGUCCGUGCCAUUAUAAAACACUUUAAUCCCAAAAUAGAACAAUGGUUGGCGUCAGCUAAUCUGUCGACUCCAAGCGAGGAACAAAUUUUAGAAAUUGUAAAGAAAAAUUAUGAUAGUUUGACUUUAAAACUACAAGAUUCCUUGGAUCACUACGAAAGGUAUACAGAGAAACCGCAGUACGCCAUAUUUUUUACCAAUAUGGUUAAAACAAUACUUUCAGAUACAAGAAAUAAUACUAGUUGUUCUUUAUUAAAUUUUAACACGAUUUCUAAUGAAUAUCCUGUAAUAUAAUUAAAAGUUAAAUACAUAUAUAUUUUGUUUUAAAAACUGUGUUUCUUUUUAGUUCACUAAGA